UUUGAAGAGAUAUUGAAGUGAUCAGACAUCGAACUAAGUUAGAAAAAAAAACUAUAAAAGUUAAAAUUAAAGCUAAUACAGGUUAAUUAAAUUUGAAUUUAAUAUUUGCAAUGGACGACCAAGGAGAGAGUCAAUCAGAUUUGAAGAAAUUGAACAAUUUUCUUGAUCGCGUUAGAAAACUGGAAACUGAACUCGACGAAUUCUGUAUGAUGAGACAUGAAGCUGAAUACCAGGAAGAUUGGAAUGAGAAGGGCGUAAUUUCUGGUUUGGAAAUUGAAUUUUGGCACCAUUACGUAAACUGCAUUGAAUCUGGCAAUAAAAAAUUCAUAGACAACUUGGAUGAUUCGAGCGAUGAAUUUUGUAAAAAAAUUUGUGACUUUAACGUAACAGUUAAUUUGUAUAAUAGAGAUUUAAAGGAUUGGUCUGAAACCGAUGGGAAGUCAACGAGACUGACCGUUUUGCUUGGAAUUUGUGAUUUGGAAGAAUUUGUGUGUGACACCUGUGAACUAUUUGAAACACACGCCGAAGGAGGAAUUGAAUCGGCCGAAAGUGAUGAAGCAACCAAUGCAAGCGAAUGGCAAUCGGCAGCAGAAACCGACGAAAAAUCAGACGAAGGUGAUAUAAAAACCGAUAAAUCCGAGCGUGAAAUAGAAUCGGAAGGAGUGAACACACAAGAAUCAGACAAAUCAAAUGAAAGUGAUGGAAAAACUGAUAUAUCUGAGAGCCAUGUUUUAGCGACGGCUGAACGAAGAACUAGAGAACGAAAAAUCAGAAAACCAGAAAAAUCAACCAAAAUUGAUGACAAAACUGAUAAAUCUGAGAGUGAAGCGGAAAGAGUAAGAACUCAAGAAUCAGACGAACCAACUGAAAGUGACGAAAAAACAUCGGAAAGUGAAGUAGAAGCGACUGAAGAAGUAAAGACGGACAGAGAAUCAGACCAAUCAACCAAAAGUGACAAAGAUUCAUCCGAUAACACGACAGAAGUAGCUGAAUUGCAAUCGGGUGAGGAAAUAGAAACGAAUAAAGGAACAGAAAAAAGCGACAGCGAACUUAAUGCAUCAAACUCAAUUGAAAGUUUUCAAGUGGUCAAACCAUCUGAAGAAGAAAAACCAGGCGAAAAUUCGCCCUAAAUCACUGCAAAAAAAACUGAACGGAACAAAAUUAUAUUCACCCAAAAUGAGUAGCCAAUCCAUUUUGUUGUAAA